AUGGUAAACUUAGUUGCUUUCAUUAUUCUGGCAUACUAUUUAUUCUACUUCUGUAAUUGCGGAACAUUACCGGCUUCACAACUAGCUGAACAAACUCUAAUAGGAACAUUGUUAAAUGGAUAUAAUAAGAAUAUAAGACCAGAUGACCAAGUAUCUAUUGAUAUCACUGCUUCACUACAACAAAUUGUGGCUAUAGAUGAAAAACAACAAAUAAUGACAUCAAGUUUAUUUAUUUCACAAACAUGGUACGAUGAUCGAUUAUCAUGGGUAGCAAAUGCUUCAAAUAAUAAUAUAGCUGUAGUUAUGCUACCGAUUAAAAGUUUAUGGAUACCAGAUACAAUGAUAUUGAAUUCAGCAGAUGCAAGUGGUUAUCUCACAGUGAAUGAUUAUAGUUUGGCAUCUGUUUACUACACCGGUCAAGUGUAUAUGAUUUUACCAGCAUUAGCAGUAAGAACAAGAUGUAGCUUCGUUGUUCAAUAUUUUCCAUUUGAUAAACAAAUAUGCAGCAUAGAUUUAACAUCAUGGAGUCAAGGGUACAAUAGAAUUAUAUAUACAGAAAAUAGCAGUUUACUAAUUGAUAUUAGUGGAUAUAGUGAACAUCCUUUAUGGCAAUUGAAUGGAACAGAUAUAAUUGUAAUUAAUGCAACAGAUAGAGCACCAUUUGAAGAUACUUAUAAUGCUGUAAUAUCAAUACAAUUAUAUCUAAAAAGAAAACCAUUAUUUUUUAUCAUGAAUGGUAUAUUUGCAUGUUUGAUUUUAAAUUUUGUUACUUUGUUAUCGUAUGCAUUAUCCUUUGUAGCACAAGUUGCUCUAUGUAUGACAUGUUUUAUGACAUAUUCUGUUUAUUCACUAAAUUUUUCCAAUCUAUUUCCACAACAGUCUCAAUACUUAAUGAUGAUUACAUUAUACUUUUUGUUAUCAAUUUGUUGGACAUUAAUAUCAAUGGUAUGGUUUAUCAUGUGUAAUUAUUUUGUUACAAAAGCUGAAAUGCCUAAGUUACUUUAUGUUUUCUGUGGAGUGUUACAAAGAAUACUUUUUUAUUGCUUUCCUCCACCAAAACAAGGUGAUAAGACAAAACAAAAUAAGGAUAUUGUUGCUGAAACGGGUGAGAUUAAGAAGUCUGAUGACAAAGACAGUACAAAAGCAGCAGGCACUUCAAAAAUAAAACGUGUUUCUUUCCAGAUACAAUCGGCUCCAGACGUUCAUACGCAUAAUAAAGUUGCAAGCAUUGAAAAUACGCAGCAUAUUUCUGUUGAAAAUACAGAAUCGAUCAAAACAAAUCCAAUUGAUGUUGAACCAAUUAAAAUAGCAGCAUGUGCAAGUAUUAAAGAAACAAACCAGAAAGCGAAAUCAAAAUGCGACUUCUGCGACAGAUGCACCUCAUGCCAAGCUGAUUUUGAUAAAGAUAAAGCGAAAGGAAAAAAUAAAAAAGAGAUUGAAACUAGAUGCAACACCUUAAAUUAUUUUGUCUGUCUUUGUCAAUUCUUAUUGAUGCUUAUUUCAAACAUGGCUCUAUGGCUUUCAAUGUCAAAAUGA